CUUGUGACGUUCUGCACUGAGCUUAACAGCCAGAUCUUUAGAAGUAAUUGUCUCUGCUGUAAAUAAAGGGUUUGUCCGUCCAGUAGUAGUUAGUCGCUCGGAGUGCGCGUGUCCGCGAGCAACAUAAUCCAUCAAGCGCUGCUGUGUAGAUCUUAAUACAAUGUUGUCGCAGUGUGCUAGCACUCUAGUUGCUGGUGGUAAGGCACUAUGCCAGGGAGCAGUGGCAUUGUCGCUUCAAGCUGCCUCGCGGCGCUUCGCCAGCGCCGCUCCUAUGGGAGAGGAGUCGUUCCUAUCAGCUCGGCAAAAAGAGUUCAUCGAGCGUGAGGACAAGUUCGGCGCGCACAACUAUGCUCCGAUUCCUGUCGUGCUUGAGCGCGGCGAGGGCGUCUUCCUGUGGGAUGUCGACGGCAAGCGCUACUACGACUUCCUGUCCGCAUACUCGGCGGUCAACCAGGGGCACUGCCACCCAAAAAUCGUGGCUGCGCUCACUGAUCAGGCUGGCAAGCUCACCCUCACCUCCCGCGCCUUCUUCAACGAUGUGCUGGGAGAGUAUGAGGAGUACAUCACGCGGCUGUUCGGGUACGACAAGGUGCUGCCCAUGAACACCGGUGUGGAGGGCGGGGAGACGGCGAUCAAGCUGGCCAGGCGUUGGGGCUACGACGUGAAGGGAGUGCCCGCUAACUGCGCCAAGGUGCUGUUCGCGCGCGGCAACUUCUGGGGCCGCACCAUGAGUGCCAUCUCCUCCUCCACCGACCCCUCCAGCUACGGGGGUUUCGGCCCGUACAUGCCGGGCUUCGAGAUCAUUCCGUACAACGACCUGGGCGCGUUGCAGGCCAAGCUGGAGUCGGACCCCAACAUCGUGGCAUUCAUGGUGGAGCCCAUCCAGGGUGAGGCUGGUGUUGUGGUCCCCGAUGCCGGCUACCUGUCUGGCGCUCACAAGCUGCUGAAGAAGCACAACGCGCUGCUCAUUGCGGAUGAGGUCCAAACCGGGCUGUGCCGUACGGGUCGCAUGCUGUGCUGCGACUGGGAGGGCGUGCAUCCUGACAUUCUGGUGCUAGGCAAGGCGCUCAGCGGGGGCACCUACCCGGUAGCGGCUACCCUGGCGCGGGACGAGGUGAUGCUCACCAUCCAACGCGGGCAGCACGGCAGCACGUACGGCGGGAACCCGCUGGCUGCACGGGUGGCCAUGGCGGCACUGCAGGUGCUUCAGGAUGAGAACCUGGCUGCUAACAGCGACCGGCUGGGCGCCAUCCUGAGGGAGCAGCUGGCCGCAAUCCCCUCGCAGCUAGUAAAAUCGGUGCGCGGUAAGGGCCUGCUGGACGCACUUGUGAUUGACGAAUCCCAUGGCGUUUCCGCGUACGACAUCUGCAUGCGGUUGCGCGACAACGGACUGCUGGCUAAGCCCACCCAGCGCAACAUCAUUCGCUUCGCUCCGCCUCUUGUGAUGAGUGAGGCGCAGCUGCGGGAGUGCACCGAGAUCAUCACCCAUACCAUCACUUCGUUCGGAAAGUGAGGGGAAAGGGUGUAACGUGAGGAGGUGAGGAGGGGAAAAUGCAGGAGAACGAGGUGUAAUUGAAAUGGCCGGCUAGAGGCCACACGUGAGGGUAAGACAAUAAGGAGAGGUGGUGGUAGGGUGCUACAGAACAAGGGAGGGCUUGCGGCCCUUUAGGGAGGGUUACGGCCGUUUCUUGGAUACCCUCGUUUUUACCUUUCUUGUGGUCCCUUUUAUGUUGCCUGUUUCCUGCUGGCCCGCUGUGGUGUUGCCUUUACGGCGUGUUCCGUUUCUCUUGCAGUGUAGGGUUGGGUUCAUCACCCGAGUUCCCUUCUAAGGAACCCUUGUAACGGUCAUUCACUCUUACUAGUACCGAGUCCACGUGGUUUGGGAGACGCGGAGUGACCAAUGGGCUGGAGAUAGCUGGCCUGGUGGGGUAGUGCUAAACCUUAAGGACUAUCGGUAUGUAUUGUAGCUAGGAACGACCUUGCAGUGAAUGCCUCUAUCCCUCCCGUAACCGGAAGGUGCACUCCUAGUCUUGGUGUAGACGUCGAGCGCUGCCCAGCGGCCUCACGUCCGGAGCCCAACGGGGCGGGCUGCAAGGCGGCUGAGCCGCGGACUGACCAGGCCCACGGGGAGCUAAUAACCUAUUGACUGUAAUAACUGCUAUAUUG